AGUAGUCGUAUCUUUGUUUCCGUCGAGACUUUUUGUAUUCUUAUCACUAAAUUGAUAACUUUAUCACUAAAACUGUUAUUUGUUACUUCAUCGAUUACAGAACAUCAACCAUUCUAAGUUUUAGUCGGUCAAUUGCUUAGCCACAAAGUUACAAUAAUGGUUCAAGUAGUGCAAAGUUUUGACCCUUCAAUGUACAAAAACAUCCAUAUAAAUAAAAAUCGCGUAGAUGCUCAAGUUAAAACAAUAUUAGCUCAGAAUCCGGUGACGAGUGUUGAGAACUUGAAUGCUUGGUUGCUGAAAGCCAUCACCGUUAUUGACCUGACUACUUUAUCUGGCGACGACACUGCAUCUAAUGUUACAAGGCUCUGUGUUAAGGCUGCGGAGCCCUUACCAGCGAAAUUACUUAGCGAUUUAGGUCUCAGUGAGGAUGAAAAGGUGCGCACCGCUGCAGUGUGUGUUUACCCGAGCAGGGUUGCUGAUGCAUACAGCACUCUCAAGCGUAUGGGUUUGACAGAUGAAAUACAAGUGGCUUCGGUUGCUACCGGUUUCCCAUCUGGCUUAUACCCCCUUCAACCAAGACUUCUCGAAAUCCGAAAAGCUGUAGAUGACGGAGCGACUGAAAUUGAUGUAGUCCUGGACCGUAGUCUCGUACUCACUGGAAAGUGGGACAUCCUGUAUGAUGAGGUGGCUCAGAUGCGGAGGGAAUGUGGGACGGCACACCUUAAGGUCAUACUUGGCGUGGGAGAACUUGGGACUUAUGAAAAUGUGUACAAAGCGUCAAUGGUAUCCAUGAUGGCCGGAGCGGACUUCAUAAAGACCUCCACGGGCAAGGAGGCGGUGAACGCGACGCUACCAGUGGGGCUCGUCAUGUGCAGGGCCAUAAGGAAGUUCUACCAGAUGACGGGACACAAGGUGGGCCUAAAGCCAGCAGGCGGUAUCAAGACAGGCCGCGACGCGGUCAACUGGUUAGUACUAGUUUACACCGAGCUGGGACCCGAGUGGUUGGACCCUAAACUAUUCCGCAUUGGAGCCUCCAGCGUUCUAGACGAUAUCGUCAACCAUCUCAACAAUAACGCUGUGGAGUUUAAACAAUGAACAAUAGUUAAGCUUAAAGUCAUUCCGUACUACUGGUUAGUACUAGAGAUGCAACGAAUAGUUGUUUGGCCGGAUACCGGAUACCGAAUAUUCGGCCCAACCAUCGGCCGAAUAUUCGGCAUCCGGCCGCCGAAUAUACAGACAGCAGAA